AUGACUCUCAUGACUGGAGAGCUGCAGUGGAUGGUUACAAACUCUUCAGAAGGGCCAGCCCUUGUUCUUGUGGGAGACUUUAACCUGCCAGACGUCUGCUGGAAACUCAGCACAGUGGACCAGAGGCAGUCGAGUGAGUCCACGGAGCGUGUGGAAGAUAACUUCCUGACACAGCUGCAGCAGGGCCAGGGCAGUGAUUCCCCUGCACUUGGCACUGAUGAGGCCACCCCUGGCAUGCUGUGUCCAGCUCUGGGCCCUCAGUUCAGGAAGGACAUGGAGGGGCUGGAGCAGGUCCAGAGAAGGGUAAUGGAGCUGGUGAAGGGUCUGGAGAAUAAGUCCUGUGAGGAGCAGCUGAGGGAGCUGAGGUUGUUUAGCUUGAAGAAAAGGAGGCUCAGGGAGACCUUUAUUGCUCUCUACAACCACCUGAAAGGAGGCUGUGGCCAGGUGGGUGUUGGCCUUUUCUCCCAGGCAGAUAGUGACAGGACAAGAGGAAAUGGCCUCAAGCUGAGCCAGGGGAUAUUCAAACUGGACAUCAGGAACAAUUUCCUUACUGAAAGGAUUGUCAAGCGUUGGAAUGGACUGCUCAGGGAGGUGGUGGAGUCACCAGUCCUGGAGGUGUUUGAGAAAUGAUUGGACAUGGCACUUAGUGCUGUGGUUUAGUUAACAAGGUCAGCUUCAGUGGAAGGUUGGGCUUGAUGGUCUUGGAGGUCUUUUCCAGCCUUGAUGAAUGGAAAAUGACUCUAUUGCCAUGUUAAACAAAAUCAAUAAUGCUGAAUUUAGCAGAUGAUUUCCAUAGCAACCAAUGCUCAUAUAACAAAUUCAGAAUGAUACUGGAUAAUGACUGGAGAAUCAAGCAGAAGAUGCUGUCAAAUGAGGCACAGCUCUCCUCAGAUUUUUCCUGUAGGCUGUGCAAUAUGACGCUGUCUUAAAGUGGAUCAAGGACAAAAAACCCUGUAGCUCAAUCUCUGAGUUCUUCAUUUACUGGAUAUUUUUGACACAAUGUUUAAAUAGUUUGAGUAAAGGCUCUAUUUAAACUUUAAAAUGUCAGUGCUAGACCUGAGAAAAGAUCCUUUUAUCCAAACUUAUCCCUGUGGCUUCUCUAAUGGAUACCUUCCAGAAUUAAAUUGUGUAAGAAUCAGAAAAGCAUGUGAUGACAUGUUCCCAUCUUAGUCUUGAUUCUGGGCCUACUGAUGAGGGAUUUCUUUACAAAUAAUAGGCCAUGUGAAUUUCUGUUUCAUGAAUCUUCAGGUCAUCUUUGGGCCAAACAUUUUUUCUCCACUGUGUGAGGGUUAGCAGCGGGUCUGUCAGCUCUCUGGGAGAAGAUAUUGACUGGGGAAACUUCGAGUAUAUCCUCGAGAUAAGAAAACUAUGUAUGCAGCCCUAACGAAAGAAAAGACAGGCUGUGGAGUGCUUAGAUUCAGUCCUGUGGGAACCCCAAUAUAGCCUUGAGCCUUGCCAAAUACAUCAGCAGUAAAUAAUAGCAAAUUGAAACACUGUUGCUUGCUUACCUAAGAAUAAGUUGCUGCUUGCUACUAAUAAGGGAUAUAAAAAGGCACAUGGGAAAAACAAAGAGAGACAUGUAUUUUGCUCUGAACUUGACCGUUAGUGUAUUUUUUACUGACUGCCACAACAACACCACUGUAUCUUGUUACAAGGAGUUCUGUGGCUAAACAAGUUCCCUUAUGAGAAGCAACAUCUUUUGUUUAUGUUAAAUCCUCCACGUGCUGGGUUUUGUGUUGAAAGAGCCUUUGUAUAUUUAUUCAUUGUCCCUGAUGUUUGUAGUUUCCAGAGGUAGGAUUUAUAUACUACAGGUUUAUAGGCUAAGAUUUUGAUUUUGAGUCCAAUGAAUUGAAAUUUUCCCCUCCUCUUACAUGAACAUUCCUCGUUAACUUCUGUGAAGUAACUCAAACGUUUAAGAUGUAUCACAAAUUUUGAACAUACACAGGAGUGAAAGAAAAUGUA